AUGGCACACUCCCAAGUCUCAAUCCGGCCAAAGCACUCGAUGAGGAGUAAUCAGCCUCACUCUGGCUCUCGUUCGAUCGAUCAUAAUAUCCAAGCACCCCUUACUCGCACUGGCCAUCAUCAGCAUAUUAGCCUAAUAUCACCAUCAGCCCAAGAUAUCAAUCAUCAUCUCCAAGAACAACACUCUUCCCUCCUGCUACACAGAAUCCAUCAUCAUCUCCUUGAGCUCCCUCAAGAACAACAACAACAACAAGAAAAAGAACAACAAGAAAAAGAAAAAGAAAAAGAAAAGCGUCACCGACGAUCGCAAACAGUUUCUUCUAUAUGCUCUGACUUCAAUAGUCUCAUCGAAUGUUACUCCCCUAAUCUCUAUUCCACUCCUUCAACUCCCAGUCUACAAUCCUCCAUUGGCUCCCCCUAUAUUUGGCGCAACCCAAACCCACUCUCCCCUAACAAGCCUGUCUCAAACUCCGCUCCUCAGCUUGAUUGCCCCCGAGCCCAUUCAAAACAUGUCCUCCUCCAUCCUCCCCCACAAACUCAGCCACUUCCGAUCAUGCUUCAAACCCGCAAAGAGCGCCGUCCCCUCACACAUCUCGCAACCCACCCUUGCCGCAGACCAUCGCCCCUCAAGCUCCCUCCAUCAUCCUCUGUCGGUCUAGUGAUCGAUCCAGAAUCCUGGGCGCACUCGGACGAAAGUGAAGGAGAGUCAGACCGUCUGAAAGACCGAGCCUCGGAUCAGGAUGACGACGACGACGAGGUGCCGCUGUCGCAGUUGCGGACCAAGCCGAGUCUCGGCGAGCUGCCGGCCUCGCCGAUCAAGCCCGAUCAUCAUCAUCAUCAUCAACAACAAUCCUCGUUCUCAAAAGUCUUGAAGCGUUAUCGCUCCUCUCGUUCCUUACGCUCGUUGUCCAAGAAGACCUCUGAGGGACCAAUGGCGAUGGCCGCUGCAAGCCAACAACCACAACAGCCGGUCUCCCCUCCAAGCGUCCCCUCCUCCUCCGCCUCCCUCCUCUGCCACAAGACUCGCAUUCCCUCGUUGCCCUCGCCCCCCCGCUCCCUCCCCUCAUAA